CAGGCGGGGUCCCUGGAAGCUACCUCCCUGCCUUCACUGAGGCAUAAAGCAGCCUGUCCUGACUAGGUACAGCCACUCAACCUACAGACUGAGUGAGCCCUGGACCCUCACCUGACUGUCUUGGCCUGUGCACCCCAGACCCAGCUGCCGGACAGGACCCAGCAUCACUCCCUGAGACAAUGACCGUGUUUGAAAAUGUUACCCGGGCCCUGGCCAGACAGCUAAACCCUCGAGGGGACCUUAUACCCCUUGAUAGCCUCAUUGACUUCAAGCGCUUCCAUCCCUUCUGCCUGGUGCUGAGGAAAAGGAAGGGCACGCUUUUCUGGGGUGCCCGCUAUGUCCACACUGACUACACCCUUCUGGACGUGCUUGAGCCCGGCAGCUCACCUGCAGAGCCAACAGAUAGUGGGAACUUUGGCUUUAAGAAUAUGCUGGGCGCCCGAGUGGAGGGAAAGGUGGAUAUGCCAAAGACGGUAAAGGUGACAGGUACUGCAGGGCUCUCCCAGAACAGCACCCUGGAGGUUCAGACACUCAGUGUGGCACCCAAGGCCCUGGAGAGCUUGCAAGAGGAGAGGAAGCUGGCAGAAGACCACCCGUUCCUGAAGGAGAUGCGAGAUCGAGGAGAGAACCUGUACGUGGUGAUGGAGGUUGUGGAGACCAUGCAGGAGGUCACUCUGGAGAGAGCCGGCAAGGCGGAGGGGUGCUUCUCCCUUCCGUUCUUUGCCCCGUUGGGGCUACAGGGAUCCGUAAACCACAAGGAAGCUGUCACCAUCCCCAAGGGCUGCAUCCUGGCUUUCCGAGUGAGACAACUGAUGGUCAGAGGCAAAGAUGAGUGGGGUGAGCAAGACUGGCAUCAUAUUCCACACAUCUGCAAUGAUAACAUGCAAACCUUCCCUCCUGGGGAUAUCCAAGCAUCUGAUGUUGGGGAGGCACACGAGGACUUCAAGGCACUAAAAGAAGAGGUUCAAAGAGAGACCCAAGAAGUAAAGAAGCUGAGCCAAGUAGGGCAAAGCUCUCUGCUCAGCUCCCUCAGCAAACUUCUAGGGAAUAAAAAGGAGCUCCAAGAUCUUGAGCUCACGCUUGAAGGGGCUCUAGACAAGGGACAUGAAGUGACCCUGGAGGCACUCCCAAAAGAUGUCCAGCUAUCAAAGGAGGCUAUGGGAGCUGUCCUCUAUUUCCUUGGAGCCCUAACAGAACUAAGUGAAGCCCAACAGAAGCUACUGGUAAAAUCCAUGGAGAAAAAGAUCCUGCCCGUGCAGCUAAAGCUGGUGGAGAGCACAAUGGAACAGAAUUUCCUGCAGGAUAAAGAGGGUGUCUUCCCCCUGCAACCUGAUCUGCUCUCCUCCCUUGGGGAAGAGGAACUGACCCUCACCGAGGCCCUAGUAGGUCUGAGUGGCCUGGAAGUGCAGAGAUCUGCCCCCCAGUAUACCUGGGACCCAGACACCCUCCCACACCUCUGUGCCCUUUACGCUGGCCUCUCCCUCCUGCAGCUGCUGACCAAAGGCUCCUAACUUGCUUCGCCUCCUGUUUCCUGCUUCCCAAGCGCCUUCCAUACCUCAGUGCACUGUGUCUUUAACACCCAACGGUGUUUCAGAACCACCAGGCUGAGGAUGAUGGAAACCCUAGCUGAUCACCUAAGAUAACCAAUUUCCACCUGCCCAACCACAUAUACCUCCAGCUCUGCAAGUCCUCCUGAUCAUCUGCUGAUACUUAAAUCCUCUAGAGGUUCUCUAACAAGAACAACCCCAGAAAGAUAAAUUAAUUUCCUUCCUCAACUUCUCCCACUUGUACUUCCAAAAACCAAGUUUUACCAGAAUUAAUGGAAAAUACUAUGUCACUUUGAAUGUCUUUGGUGUUUUCCUUUAAAGAAUCUAACAUAAAGGAAAAAAAUAGGCAUUAUGAUACUAUACAAAGAUCCUGUGUACAUGAAUACUACUAUGCUGUCCUCAGGCCACCUGGAAAAUGCUAGAAGAACUAUGAGAGUGUAGAAUCCAUACUCUAAAUUCUAAAGUGAGAAGAUCAUCAAAGAACUUGUCUUCGAAGAGGAGCCUCUGGGCCUGAACUGAAGUUUUAGGAAAGGGAAAGACCAAGAAAUACAUGGCACAAGCCCCAAACAAGAAUAAGACAACUUU